UUAAUUUCGCGUCCUCCACAGCAACAACAUCAAGAACCAUCCCGAAACUAAAAUGCUUAGGUUUUCAAAACAACAUCUAUGCAAUAGGAUCAUUCAAAUUCAACACAUAAGAUCUGCGCAUCAAACAAACCACUAUGAGGUGUUGAAGCUUAAGUCAACUUGUACACCUAAGGAAAUAAGAGAAGCAUUUAUAAGAUUGUCGAAAGAAUUACAUCCAGAUGUCAACGCCAGCGACACAAAUAAGAAAGCCAAAGAAAAAUCAUUCGUACAACUAUUAGAAGCAUACAAAGUGCUGAGUAAAACAGAUACCCGUGCUAGCUAUGAUUACGAAAUCUCAUUCCGGAUACGGAUGGACCAGCCUCAAGCAAAGCCUGCUGCUCAAAAUAUUCAAAAUCAACAUUGGUACCAGAAUCCUUCAAACUAUCAAACGCCCGACCCUGAUUCAUAUUAUGGAAUCAAAGGAAUCAGAAAGGUUAGCAAUUGGACUAUUGUUUUCUAUUGCGGAGUAUUCAUGAUCGUUGGAGUAAUAGUGCAAACGUUUGCCAUAAGUAAAUCUUUCACUUUCAACCGUGAACAGUUGGAUGAAUACUCUCGAAAAAAUGCCCUUGUGCUUGCAACUGCACGUGCCGAAGCUGAGAGCCGUGGAAAUGAGGCUCAACUUGAAAGAAUGAAAGCCACAUUAAACAAGGAAACAAGGUGUUAGUAUCAAGGACCCGUGAUAUCCUGAUGUACAUACAUUAGUUUCAGUUCGGAUGUAUU